UUUCUAGCGGCAACUUCUUCUAUCAUCUUCCAGAUAAACUACCCUCUUUCACUCCUACAAAACCCCACUCUCCUCCUUUCCCACUUCUCUCAAAGAAAAAAACAUUAAAUCGCCACAAAUACUAUUUUAUUCUCCCGGAAAAAACACACCUCCAACAACAAGCAGACUCAAAUAAACUCUGUUUUUCGACUCAUCAUAUCAAAUCCUGUUCUCAACUUCGAUCACUUGUAAUAACAGAAGUAAAACUACGAUGAAUCCCGAUAAAUUCACUCACAAGACAAAUGAAGCUCUGGCCGCCUCUCACGAGCUAGCGAUGAGCAACGGCCAUGCUCAAUUCACCCCUCUUCACCUUGCUGUUUCUUUGAUCUCCGAUCCCACUGGCAUUUUCCCUCAAUCUAUCUCCAAUGCCGGUGGUGAAAACGCUGCUCAAUCCGCCGAGAGGAUCUUUAAUCAGGCCUUAAAGAAACUCCCAUCACAGUCGCCUCCGCCGGAUGAAAUCCCCGCCAGCACUUCCCUUAUUAAGGUACUCCGUCGUGCACAAGCUGCGCAAAAGGCACGCGGCGACACCCAUUUGGCCGUCGAUCAAUUGAUUCUCGGCCUUCUCGAGGAUUCCCAGAUCGCUGAUUUGAUAAAGGAAGCUGGUGUUGCUCCGGCAAAAGUGAAAUCCGAAGUAGAAAAGCUUCGAGGAAAGGAAGGGAGGAAGGUGGAAAGUGCUUCAGGGGAUACUACAUUUCAAGCUCUAAAGACUUAUGGCCGUGAUCUUGUUGAGCAAGCAGGAAAACUUGAUCCGGUGAUAGGCCGAGAUGAGGAAAUCCGAAGGGUUAUUCGGAUUCUAUCAAGGAGAACGAAGAACAAUCCAGUUCUCAUAGGAGAACCGGGUGUCGGUAAAACUGCAGUCGUAGAGGGCUUGGCUCAAAGGAUUGUUAGAGGGGAUGUUCCUAGUAAUCUUGCUGAUGUGAGAGUUAUCGCGUUGGACAUGGGUGCGUUAGUUGCUGGAGCAAAAUAUCGAGGUGAAUUCGAGGAAAGAUUGAAGGCUGUAUUGAAAGAAGUUGAGGAAGCCGAAGGGAAAGUGAUUCUCUUUAUCGAUGAAAUACAUUUGGUACUUGGGGCUGGUCGAACCGAGGGCUCCAUGGAUGCAGCUAACCUCUUUAAGCCUAUGCUUGCUCGAGGUCAACUUCGAUGUAUUGGUGCAACGACACUGGAGGAAUAUAGGAAGUAUGUUGAGAAGGAUGCUGCAUUCGAAAGAAGGUUCCAACAGGUUUAUGUCGCUGAACCGAGCAUUGCUGAUACAAUCAGCAUCCUUCGAGGGUUGAAAGAAAAAUAUGAAGGUCACCAUGGUGUUCGGAUACAAGACCGCGCUUUGGUGGUGGCAUCACAGUUAUCGAGUCGCUACAUUACAGGACGUCAUCUUCCUGACAAGGCGAUUGACUUAGUCGACGAAGCUUGUGCGAAUGUGAGAGUUCAGCUUGACAGUCAGCCUGAAGAGAUUGAUAAUCUCGAACGAAAACGAAUGCAAUUAGAAGUUGAGCUGCAUGCUUUGGAAAAGGAGAAGGAUAAAGCGAGCAAAGCUCGACUGGUUGAAGUACGGAAGGAGCUUGAUGACUUGCGAGACAAGCUUCAGCCGCUGAUGAUGAAAUAUAGGAAGGAGAAGCAAAGGGUUGAUGAGAUCCGACGAUUGAAACAGAAGAGAGAAGAGCUCAUGUUCGCCUUACAGGAGGCUGAAAGAAGAUAUGAUUUGGCAAGAGCUGCGGAUUUGAGAUAUGGAGCAAUUCAGGAAGUGGAAUCUGCGAUAGCGCAGCUUGAAGGAACCACAGAUGAAAAUAUAAUGUUAACGGAAACGGUUGGACCUGAACAUAUUGCAGAGGUUGUAAGCCGCUGGACUGGCAUUCCUGUCACGAGGCUCGGACAGAAUGAGAAAGAGAGGUUAAUUGGGCUUGCUGAGAGGCUGCACCAAAGAGUGGUGGGACAAAAUCAAGCGGUUGAGGCUGUUGCAGAGGCUGUUUUGAGGUCGAGAGCUGGAUUAGGAAGACCUCAACAACCGACUGGCUCGUUCCUUUUCUUGGGUCCGACUGGUGUUGGAAAAACAGAACUUGCUAAGGCACUGGCAGAACAACUCUUCGAUGACGAGAACCAGCUUAUCAGGAUUGACAUGUCCGAGUACAUGGAGCAACACUCAGUUGCUCGACUUAUCGGUGCACCACCAGGGUAUGUUGGACAUGAGGAAGGUGGGCAACUAACCGAGGCUGUAAGGCGAAGGCCAUACAGCGUUGUACUAUUUGAUGAAGUUGAGAAAGCACAUAUCUCUGUCUUCAACACACUGCUUCAAGUGCUGGAUGAUGGUCGAUUAACCGAUGGCCAAGGCCGCACUGUCGACUUCAGAAACACGGUGAUCAUCAUGACAUCAAACCUUGGAGCCGAACAUCUUCUGUCUGGGCUUAGUGGAAAAUCUUCUAUGCAAGUUGCACGCGAUCGCGUAUUGCAAGAGGUUCGGCGACACUUUAGGCCAGAGUUGCUUAACAGACUUGAUGAGAUUGUUGUUUUUGAUCCGCUCUCACACGACCAAUUGAGGAAAGUUGCUAGGUUGCAAAUGAAGGAUGUGGCAGUCCGACUUGCUGAGAGGGGAAUUGCAUUGGCUGUAACGGAUGCAGCUCUGGACUACAUAUUAGCAGAGAGUUAUGAUCCAGUUUACGGUGCGAGGCCUAUAAGGAGAUGGCUGGAGAAAAGGGUCGUAACGGAGCUGUCGAGAAUGUUAGUGAAAGAAGAAAUUGAUGAGAACUCCACAGUGUAUGUUGAUGCGAGUCCCAAAAGAAACGAGUUGGUGUAUCGGGUGGAGAAAAAUGGAGGCUUAGUUAACGCUGCCACCGGCCAAAAAUCAGAGGUAUUGAUCCAAAUCCCAAACGGGCAGCCAAGAAGCGAUGCUGCGCAGGCAGUGAAGAAGAUGAAGGUUGAAGAGAUGGAUGAGGAUGAGGAUGAGGAGAUGGAUAUGUAAAUGUUACGUGUGUUCUCUGUAUUUUUGGUUUAUAGGAUGUUGAAUGGUGAAAGGGUUUCUGUAGAAGCCCUUCUUGUUGAGUUUGCAAAUGUUCUAAUUUCUUCUAUGCAUUUUCAAAGUAAUUUCAAAUGUAUGUCCUUUUUUAAACGCAAUUUCAAGUGUGUUAUAUGUUUUUGUAUAUAACGGAAGUUAAUAAUUGAAAUUAUUUUAGAUAUAAAA